ACGAGAUGCUCCAAGUUUGCCUGAUGCAUUUGUUCAGUAUUUUCAGGAAGUUGACCAACGCUAGAAAUGAAUUCAUAAGGAGAAGUAGAAAAGUUUUCUAGUUUCCAUAUAGAACGUAAAUCCUGUCCUAUUAGUUGGAUCUUUGCAUCUUCCUUUAAGUAACGGGCCAAGAUUCCUGUCAUGGGGACAGCGUAUCCUUCAUUUAAAAGCUGAAGUUUCCAGAAUGGGGGACCUUCAUUCCAUUCCCAGAUUGUUUUGCAAAGGUCCGCUACGGUACCAGUGGUGUCAACCAAUCCAAAACUGGCUGUGUGAAUCCAUUGUCGGAUAGGAAAUUCUUCACAAAAUACCCUAAGCUUCAUGAGUAAAAUGACCAAAAAGAAAACAAAAUGAGAUGAAAUAGAAGUGCUAGAAGCAGAAUUUGCUUAAGUUUUCGGACUUUAAAAAGCAGCUGAAUCCGCUUACUACAAAAGACCUCUAAUUACUCAAUCGUCUAUAAAAGCAAAAACAUCCCAAUAUUUCUUGUUUACCGGCUUCGUCUUGCUCAAUUUUAAACAAAUGAUGAAGUAAUUGAAUAAAUGCAAAGUUGGGUGGUUCGAGGUAAUAUCGAAACGUCAGCCUAUUUUCUCGUUUAAUGAUCGUUAUAUAUAUAGAGAUUACACAGAAUAUUUUUAUAGCACUACAAACGUUGGAAAGUACAGAAAUCAGUAGAAGUCUUGUUUAUUUAUUUAUUUAUUUAUUUUUGCUCUCUUUUUGGAAAACAAAAACCUUCUUCGUAUACUUUCCUACUAGUCUUUACCACAACUUAUACAAAGACUUUGGAUUGAAUUUGUUUAAAAAUUAAACAUUAUUGAGAGACCAAUUCGUUUAGAUUGUGGCUUCGUCGCGUUCCGUCAUGGCAUUUUAUUUUCAGAUAUCAAACAAGGACAUAAUCAACGACGUUGACGUUGGAUUACAACCAAAUCCUUUACCUUUUGCUGCAGCAAAUGCCCCUGUAUUUGGCCGGAAUGCUCAUUUAUCUCCUCAUUUGGCAAUUGUCCUGGCGGACGAAGGAUUCGACGUAGAACAGGUGUGUCUUCCUUGGCGUUACUUUACCGAUCGUGGUUUUCUGGUUGAAUUUGUGUUUCCAAGACCAAUUGAUCCUCCAAGGACAGCUAGACCAGACCCUUCUUAUACAUGUGGAUGGAAAGGAAGCAUCAUGGGACCUUCCAAAGAGGCUAUGGAUAUCUACAGCAUACUAUGUACCCUUGAAGAAUUUAUCGAACCAAAGCAUUAUACAGAUGAAGGUUUUUCUUUUCUAGACUUUGACGUGGUACUCAUUACUGGAGGUAGAAACGAACCAAUGCGUCAGAUGCUCACAGAUCCCUCAUUACACUCAAAGUUAAAGCCGUAUCUGAGUUUGUGUAAACGAAUAGAUCCGGAAACAAAUCAACCUAGUGUGGCUCCUUCUAAGAUUUUGGGGACUAUUGCUCAAGGCACUUUACCUAUUUACAUGAGUGAUCCCGAAACGCCUCUGAAAUCGACAACUAUACCAGUAUGGAUGGAGAGAACAAAUUCAUGGAUCUCGCCUCCUCCAGAGAACUCCUCCUAUCCUUAUGCAGCGUCCUUGAUACCUUCUGACAAAUACUUUGCUGGACCUAAUUAUCGAAGUGUCUUCACAAUGGAGGACAUGCAUCAUUAUUUCAUAUCUGGGAGAUGCAAUAGAGACAUUCUUCCUCUAAGCACUGGAAUUUACGGUCUUUAUAGACAAAUGCUUCGCGAUCAAAAGUCAAGCAUGCGUCCACACAAAAAGCGUUCAAACCAUUAUCCAACGACCUUCAUCAAAAAGUGAUUUAGUUUUUUACGAAUAUAGAUAAUGCUCUCACUGAUCAAGUUUUCUAUCCUUGCCUAAUAAAUCGUUUAUCCAAGAUA